AUGACUGCAACGACCGCAACGAAUGCAACGAUUUCAUGCUCGGAAACACCGGUCCAACAAACCAAAGGAGCCGUAAACAAAGGCAGUUCCAAGGACCCCUAUGCCAUCAAGGCCAUGCCCACACCAGUCGCCAACACCACGUUCAGCAAGGUCACGAUGGGCCUCGUCCCCCGCUCCGGCUUCAAGGGCACGUGCGCCAACAUCCACGGCGACAGCGGCGACCCGGCCGUCAUCUGGGCGUGCUGCAGGACGCCGACGGGCUGGGGCGUCCAGAACAGGUUCGACCUGAGCAAGUGCCUGCAGAACGUCAACGGCACGCUCACGCCGCACCCGGCGGGCCACUUCCGGCGCGGCUGCGGCGGCUGCGCCAUCCAAGACCCGUUCAAGCCCACGAUCUACACCUGCAAGUGCGGCACGGACGUCAAGAAUGGCCCGCAGCAGUUCGUCGACACGACGGUUGACUUGAAUGACUUUAUUGGCAACCAUGAGGGCGCGCUUUUCUGUCACGGCGUCAAUGAGAAACGGCUCAUGGGAACAUGCGCUCCCAGAUUCGUCUAG